UUCCAGUACUGAGACCUAAGUUCUCAUCCCCCAAGCCAACACCCAAUCCAUCAUCCUCACACCCACCAAAAAGCAGCCCGCCAUCGCGGCCCCCAACCGCAACCAUGGCGCACAUCCACGACCUCGCCGCCGAGAUCUCCAACUACGGCGCCAACCGGCUCAAGACCCCGACCCCGAUCCGCUUCCCGCGCACCCCGACCUUCGCCUCCAUGAACAAGCCCUGCCGCUUCGAGGGCGACGUGCAGGACCUCGAGGUGACCGGCACCCUCCCCGCCGACCUCAACGGCACCUUCUUCCGCGUCCAGCCCGACCACCGCUUCCCGCCCCUGUUCGAGGACGACAUCCACUUCAACGGCGACGGCGCCGUGUCGGCGAUCCGCAUCGCCGGUGGUCGCGCGCAUCUGCGCCAGCGCUAUGUGCGCACCGAUCGGUUUCGGGCUGAGGAUGCCGCGCGGAGGAGCCUGUUCGGGCGGUACCGCAAUCCGUGGACGGAUAAUGAGAGUGUUAAGGGGGUGAUCAGGACGGCUAGUAAUACGAAUGUGGUGUUUUGGAGGGGGGUGUUGUUGGCGAUGAAGGAGGAUGGCCCGCCGUUUGCGAUGGAUCCGGUUACGCUCGAGACGCUGGGGCGGUAUGAUUUUGAGGGGCAGAUCUUGAGUCCGACAUUUACGGCUCAUCCGAAGGUCGAUCCGAGGACGGGGGAGAUGGUGUGUUUUGCGUAUGAGGCCGGUGGGGAUGGCGCGGAUUGUAGCGUGGACGUGGUGGUUUGGACGGUGGAUGCUGAUGGGAAGAAGAUUGAGGAGUGCUGGUAUAAGGCGCCGUUUGCGGGUAUGAUACAUGACUGUGGGAUUAGUGAGAACUGGGUUGUGUUGGCGUUGACGCCCAUCAAGAUGGACUUGCUGAGGAUGAAGAGGGGGGGGAAUAAGUUUGCGUGGGAUCCGAAUGAGGAUCAGUGGUAUGGUGUUGUUCCGAGGCGGGGGGCAAAGAGCGAGGAUAUCAUUUGGUUCAGGGCUGACAAUGCUUUCCACGGCCACGUCGCGGGCUGUUACGAGCUGCCGUCGGGAGAGAUCGUGUUCGAUUUGACCGUCGCCGAUGGCAACGUCUUCUUCUUCUUUCCUCCCGACGACAACAUUACACCUCCUGAUGGCGUUGCCAAGCGCAACAAGCUCUCAUCCCCCACCACCCGUUGGGUUUUCAACCCCAAGGCCAAGAAGUCGGCCAUCCGUACCACAGAGGCCGGUGACGCGGACGUCUGGGUAGCGGACGAGCGAGUGAAACCAGCGCUGACCUGGCUCACAAACGGUGAGUUCUCACGCAUCGACGAACGUUACAACACAAAACCAUACCGUCACUUCUGGCAAGCCGUCGUGGACCCAACCAGGCCAUACGACUUUGCCAAAUGCGGUCCUCCGGCCGGCGGCCUGUUCAAUUGCCUCGGCCAUUACACGUGGUCUGAAGACAACUAUCACACGGGAGAAGCAACGACCAAAAAUGACACAUAUGGGUUAGGUGAGGAGAAGGGAAAGUUUGGUCUAGAAGACGUGUACUUCUCGGGCCCGACGAUGACGUUCCAAGAACCGACUUUCAUCCCACGUGAAGGGGGUGUCGAGGGUGAAGGGUAUCUGAUUGCGUUACUCAACCAUCUCGAUCAGCUGCGCAAUGAUGUUGUCAUAUUCGACGCCCAGAAUCUAAACAAAGGCCCGGUGGCGGUAAUCCACUUGCCGCUCAAGUUAAAGUUGGGAUUACAUGGAAAUUGGGUCGACCAUCGGGACAUCGAGGCAUGGCAGGAGCGGAGAGCUGAGACUGGAGAUGUUGGUCCGGUCCAGGUUGCCAAAGAGCCGUUGCCGUGGCAAAAAAAGGUGGAUCAACGGAACCAUGGGACUGGAUUGUGACGCAGGUACGGCGUCUAGGAGACAGUUGUCUGGUUAAAUUGCAUCACUUUACGACCCGGGCCGGCGUAAACAUGAGAUAUCCGAUGCAACCCGUGGGCUACCAGAUCGCCAGAUUACUGCAUGGUUCGAUGGUGAUUCAUUAAGCGAGGUACAAGCGGGAAGCUGCGGGCUUGUUCUAAACCUCGGGUCUUUUUCGUGGAUGAGGUCCCCGAACAUGUCACCAGUUGAUCCAGGUGUUCGUCGUAACUCCACAUUGGGCGUGGUCUUGUCAGGACCCUACGAGAUAACAACUGGAGUUAGUGACUUGAACAAGGAAAAGGGAGGUUAGUCAGAAUGGUUUGUAAUUAACGUCAUUCAUCAUU